CCGAGUUGAACUCAACCCCACCGUUACUCGUUACUGGAUUGCCGAGAAUGAAGUCGGCGCCAGCCCCCACGUCCGGGCAUCGACUGUCCCCCAUCGAAGCGACCCGCGCGAGUGCGAUCAUCGAAGAAACCAUCGAAAAGUUAUCAUUUUUGGGCAGCAUCACGCCAGACAUUUUGCAGCACCGCGAGGAAUUGUCCCAAGUUGUGGGCGACGAGAUUUCGCGCAUCAUUCAGGAUCAACGGCGUCUCGAAGCCAAGUACGAAAGCCUCAUUUCCCAACGAAGCGUGCUCAAGGGACUAGCCAACAAGUCCAAAUUCAAAGAAAACCAGCGCGAAAUCCAAGAAGUGAGUCGUGCGUUGCGAGAAUCUACGAGAAGUCUAUGUCGGAACCUCAAGGACAACCCCAACUUUGGCGGGAAUUUGCUGAAAAUUCAAUACGAGCGGCAGGCGUUGGUCGACUUGCUUGAUGAAACCAAGCGCGAACUCAAGAUGUGCACGUACGACUCGCUCGUGACGUACGUGACAGAAGGGAAGAACGCAGCGGACAAGGCAGCGGAUCUGAUCGAGACGGAGAAGGAGGCGGUGGAGGAGGUGAGGCGGCUAACGACCGAGUUGGCCCGGGAAAAGAUCGAGCACACGCGGGACGUGGCCGAGCAAAAAGCGGCGAUCGCGGUGUUGAAGGAACAACUGCUCCAAGUCAAGUCCAAGACCCAAAUCGACAUUCGAUACGCCAGGAACGAAGCCAAAGCCAAGACCGCGUCCACGUCACGCCUGUACCAGCAACUGAUUGCCGAACAGCGAGACAAGAUCAGCGUCCUGGCCACGCAAUGCGACACGGAAACGCGCGUCCAUGAUGAAACGGUUACAUUUUUACGAGGCAAACACGAACGCUUAACGCACGAGUUUACGCACUGGACCGACAAGUACGAGUCGGACGUCGCUGCCAAGCAAAAGGAACUCGCGCGGCUGACGGACGAGCGCGCGGCCAACUUGAUCAAGUUGGAAGGGCUUCAAAAGCGAUGGGUUGAAGAAGUCGAGCUGCAGAAGAACAAGGAGACGGAGAAGCGACGCCUCAAAGAGCUCGACCUGCUCAAGCGCGACGAGGAAAAGAAGCAGCUGAUUGCGAUCCGAAAGAUCCAAAUCGCGUAUCGAACGCACAAGGCCUUGUUAGAUGAAAAGAAAAACGCCGCCGACACUGGCAAAAAGAAAAAAGGCGGCAAGAAAGGCGGCAAGAAAAAGUAACGGCCUCGAAACGGUCACCUGCUUGAUUGGGUGUAUUUUGAAACCGUCUAUCGUAAUAAUGGACUCGAUCCAAUCAAUAUUGCGUUGUUACAA